GUCAGUCUUUGAAUGUAAUGUGUUUCUGAUGUUUCCACUGAUGCUCCUGUUCACAUCCAAACUGUAAAGCAGCAUAAUAAUAAUGAACAGACUGAUUCACAAAUAUAUUUUCAUGUGUUUUCUGAAAGCGAACACAAGACUCAUCUUUGUCAAUCAGACGAUGAACUGGAGAGACGCUCAGAGUUACUGCAGACAGAAUCACAUUGAUCUGGUCAGUGUGAGAAACCAGGAUGAGAAUGAGAAGAUUGAGAAGAUCAUGAAUGACAGUCUGAUAUCUGAAGCUUGGAUCGGUCUGUUCAGAGACUCAUGGCAGUGGUCAGAUCAGAGUGACUCUUCAUUCAGAUACUGGAACACUGGUGAACCUAAUAAUGUUGGAGGUGAUGAAAACUGUACAGCUCUGUGGUUGGGUUUACACAACUACUGCAUCAUGAACAUGUGGCUCUGGGUGAGUGGAGAGACGGUGUGCUAUCAGAACUGGGCUCCAGGGAACGGAACCGAACCAGAAAACUGUAAGCUUGAGAAGAGAAAAGGAGCAGUUCAGUCUGGAGGAGAUCAGCGCUGGAUCAGCCGUCCUGAAACUGACAAACUCAACUUCAUCUGCAGCAGAUAUUAAGAGUGAAGGACAUGUGAAAUGUUUGUG